UUCUACUCUCUCUAGUGUGUUUAGCUAUGUAAUCGAAGUAGGCGUACUAAUUGGUGAUUACAGCUCAUCGAGGAACCUAGGGUUUUGUCUCUUAAUUGAAUUGUAUUGAUUAUUGUGCAAUUAGAGUUCUGUCUCUAAUAGUUACUCUAGGGUCAUCGCUCUUAGAACGGACAAUGCAUCUGACCUAAAGGUGGAUGCCUAAUAUCUUGUGCUUCCUCGUCGAUCUGUUUUAUAUCUGCAAUUAAAUGGACACCAUUGGGUUUGUAGAUGAAAAGAGCGAGAGCAGAUUAUAUGUUGGAAACUUGGAUCUUAGAAUAAACGAGGCUGCGUUGAUAAAGAUGUUUUCUCCAUAUGGGAAGAUCAUAUCAGAAGACUUCCUCUGGCACACACGCGGGCCAAAGAAAGGAGAGCCACGCGGCUAUGCUUUCAUUCAAUACAGCUCUAAAGGGGAAGCUGAAUUGGCUAAGGAGAAGAUGCAUGGGAGAUUAGCUUGUGGUAGGCCCUUGGUAGUUCGUUUAGCUAGUGACAAGCUUCUAGAAGAUUCCUCUCAUGAUCAUCCCAAAAGGUUAUUACCCGAAGCAAACAGAACGAGGUCUGCAAGUGGAAGCAGCUCAGGACAAAUGAGCCGAGAUGAAAAAGUAGCUGCCAUUAAGAACAAACUCAAAGCGUUGGAGGACGAUGAGAAACAACGAGAUCCCAAGAAACUGAAGAGAUAAAGAUCCCUUUGAAACACAAACAAACUUGAUGUAAAAGAGAGUUGAAAUGUUUUUUUUUUCUCGAAGUUAAACCAAAUUAAAUUUGAAGGAAUGGUAUC